AACAGUGGCAACACAAUCAAGCAACCGCCUUUGACUGGCUUUGAUACCCUUCGGUACCAACGCCAUUGACCGAUCUGUCCUAUCUAUCUACUAGCUAGAUAUCUAUUCAUAAUACAAUGAGCAGCAGCAAUGUGGGAGUUCCCGUGAAGCUAUUGUUUGAAGCGGAGGGCAUGAAGGUGACCGUGGAACUCAAGAAUGGCGAGAUUUUUCGAGGCCUCUUGUUGAGUGCCGAAGAGACGAUGAACCUGUCGCUCAAGGACGUGCUCCGAACCGCACGCAAUGGACAAAUCAAAAAGCUGCCUACGGUCUAUCUACGAGGGAGUUCCAUACGCUUCAUUGCCUUGCCGGAAUUGCUCAAGAAUGCGCCCGUCUUUCAAAAGGUCACCACUAUGAAGCGAAAGGCUGAGGAAAUGAGACUCCAAAAACAACAGACCAACAAAAAGAGAAAGCGGUAAUUCAAGAAUGCAGCGACCAAAGUUUGAUGAGAGGAAAGAAAUUGGAAAUUUGGGUGAUUUUAUUUGGUUUUUGUUCAGCGGUGAGGUCGUUUGGUUGGUCGGAUGUAUGUGAUGGGAGAGAGCCGAGACACGCAUACUGUGUGGAAUCAAUCCAUCAACAAUAAGCUUCAUGGUAUGGCCACACUAUCCUGCUGAAGUGAUGCAACAUAUAGUAUGAAUUUGGGUUGUGGGGAGGGCCUUUUGAAUAAUUGGAUACCGUAUAGACCCAGCUUCUUCUAGUAUUAUACCCAACCCACGUACGAUAGAUGGGUCGAUAUUGAUAAGCUAGCUCCUCCCUUGUUGCAUUG